CCGAGGUAUGAUUAAUAACGCGAAUUCAGAUUAGACUUUACGUCACAAUGUCUUUCCCCGAGUCUCUUCUUUUCUCGUCCUUCUGAAGCGAGAGAGACUGGGCGGGCAGAAUGAAGAGGAAGUUGGUGAUGUCACAGGCUACUGUUUUCCGUUAUGAAGAAUUCGACGCCAAUAAUUUGAGAUUUGGAAAUGGACCAACACGAAAUACCUACCGUACCUUCUCGCAUAUUUAGUAGGGAAGGGAGAUCCCCCUUUCCUCGUCCCCCUGUCUGCUCCCAACAGCGUAUCGGAUUAAGUUUAACCGUGGGGUGCCGAUUGACCGUGUCACGUUUCUGGCUGGCGUGCUCCGUUUAUUAUAGCGUUCCAUUGCAGGUACUUAGAUUUAUUCUGUAUAUAUCCUCAGUCUGGCAAGAGUUGAAAAAUUCGACCAGUGAUGUCCUGUUCACAGUCUUUCAAGGCAAUGGCAGUUUUUCUGGGUUUGGUUAGCCUCUGUCCCGUUUUAACACAAAGCACUCCAGGAUACGUUUUUGAACACAACAACAAUGUGUACAAGUUUGUUUUACCUGAGGAUGACACACGCACGUGGUACGAAGCUGAGACACUUUGUAAAACACGAGAAAAUGGUCAUUUGACGAGCCUUGUUACUCUCAACGAAAUCGAAUGGGCAGACGGUAUAAUUAAAAGCAUCGUGCGAGAUCCAAGUUCGAAGGUCAAACUGUGGAUUGGAGGGAGCGACCGUAGAAUCAAUGAUGCGUGGGAUUUUGUCGAUGCACAACCUCUCCGGUAUAAUGUUGUUCCCUGGGCACCCGGUCAACCGAGAAGGCCCCUACAGCAAGCUCCUUACGAGUUUUGUGUCUGUCUGGAAUUUGAAGGUGAUCGCUCGAAAUGGUACGUGGAGGAUUGCUUUGAGGUCCAUGGCUAUAUCUGUAAGUCAGAGGAGCUCCCUCGAAGGCUUACAGAGAAAAAGAGGUUCGGAUACAGCUGGCAUUGGGGAAAUUACAUUUACAAGUUUAUUCCUUUAUCGUGGAGCGCCUUAAGCUGGACUGAGGCCGAGCGAUACUGCAAGGAAAUGGAAAGAGGGCAUCUGCUUAGUAUCCGAACACUAAAAGAGAACCGGUGGGUGACCAGCAGAAUCCGACAAAUUCGUCGGGUACUCGGCUUCUCGAAGUUUUGGAUCGGAGCGUCGGACAUUGGCCAUCAGGGAGUCUACGAAUGGACAGAGAAGAACAGCACGGUGACCUACACAAGGUGGGCAUCCGGCGAACCUUCAUUUUUCGCUAAGAAUCACAAGGAGGAUUGUGUAGCCAUUCACGCUGAUCCUGACUGGGGGAAAUGGAGUGACGAAAGCUGUGUGAUGGAGACACCUUUCGCUUGUAAAACAAGACUGUGUCAAGGGAAAACAGACUUAGCAUUCAUAGUAGAUUCGUCUGGAUCGCGCGGAGAAAGCAACUUCCAGGAAGCCAAAAACUUUGUGUGGACUGUGAUCAGGGACUUUGAAAUCUCGAAUAACGACACGCUUGUUGGUGUCAUUCGCUAUUCCACGCGAGCCAACGUGAUUUUCGACUUUCAGUUCAGCGCUGACAACAAUGUCCUCCUUUUGAAAGAGACAAUCGAUAACAUCCCAUACGCAGAAGGGGAAACGAAGACCGAGCGAGCCUUGCAGCUAGCCCUUACCGACCUCUUCUCAGUCAAGGGAGGCUCGAGGCCCGAUGUUCCCAAAAUUCUAGUUGUAGUGACCUUUGGAAGAUCGGACAACGCCCUCGGUGUGGCGCGAGCGUCCAUGGCGUUGAAAGAAAACCACGUGACCGUUUUGUCGGUGGGAAUCGGCGAAGAGGUUGACAUCGAGGAGUUGAUGUUAAUGGCGUCAACCGCUGAAGAUGUGAUUACUGUGAAGUCUUUCAGUGCGCUAAAGAAGCGGGUGUCAAGAAUCAGGGAUAAAGUCUGCGACGAAAUGGUCGAGAAUCAAAACAGGGACGAACUUGACGAAUAUGAGGACCAGAGAAACAGGGAUUAUUGACAAUGGAGAAUUCUUUAUUAGUAAUAAUUCUAAAAAUCUGUUGUAAAAAUAUACUAGAAAAUCCUUUUUAUAAAACUAACAUGAUAUGUGAA